AUGUUCUCGUUUCGAUUAACAUUUUUUGUUCACUGCUACAACAUUUGUAUAAUAUUAUAUUGCCAUCUGUUCGUACCGCCUGUUCGUUCGUUCGACGGACCGGCCGGGAAGAUGACGAACGAAAAAAUGCGAAUCGGCACUGCGACACGGAACUUGGACGAGUAUAAAGUCAAUUGUCUGCACCAAUUCACAAAGAAAGAGCUGAACGUGUACGCGGUGGCUCAGUGGAAUUAUCGCGUGAACAAGACAGAAGUGACGGAAAACGAGGCCUUGAAAUCUUCCAUUCAAUUGUUUAUAUAUCAAAAGCUACUUUUAACAUCUGCCGAAAAUAUGUCUGUAGCUUUAAAUAUGAACUACGAAGACCUGUUGCCCUUAGUGUAUUUUAUGCACGACCGCGGCAUUUGUCAGCUGAACUUGGACGAGUAUAAAACAACCAUAAUGUUGAAGAGGCAACUAAUAACAACGAUAAACGAAUUAGCAGUUUGCGAAUACCGGAAGACUAAUCAUCUGUGUGACAUAAAAGCGGACGAAAUAAAUGUCAUUAUGAUUAAGUCAUCAGAUGCAGCGGAGUUAAAAUACUAUUGGAAAGCUUGGCAUAAUCACACCAGCUUCGCAGUGAAAAAUAUUUAUAUGAAAUAUGUCGAAAUGUUGAACUACGUGGCCCAGCUGAAUAAUUUUCCUAACGAAAUUGAUUACUAUAUGGAACCAUACUUAUACAAUCAAGGUCAAUUGAACAUCGAUCAGAUGUACGAAGGUAUAAGACCGCUGUACUUACAUGUUUACACGCACGUUCGUAAAAUUCUCAGAGAAAAAUUUGGAACAGCUACUGUGUCUGCUAAUGGUCCCAUCCCAGUCCAUUUAUUGGGUUCGGUAUUGGGUCAACCAUGGACAAAAUUGAUACCAUUUAUACUUCAGGAACUCGUUUUACACGAAAAUAGCAGAAAAAAUUCCAAGACUCCAAAGCGAUUGUUUGACCAAGCUAAUAGAUUCUUUGUAUCGAUUGGUAUGGGAUGUGUGCCAAAAAGAGUUUGGUCCCAUUCAGUAUUUAUAGAAAAUAAAAAUUUUUCCAAUAUCGUACCAUUAUCAUGGGAUAUGUACGCGAAUAAUGAUUACAGGAUAAUAAUGGAUUUUCAAGACACAGUCGAAAACGUGUACACCAUGCACAAGCAACUUGUGUUAGUGCACUAUUUCGCGGCCUACAAAAGACAGCCAAUCGCGUAUCAGCAAACAUCCGACCCAGCGUUCGUGUACGGUUUGAUUAACGCCCUAACAUUGUCCGUACGGUAUCAAGAUUUCAUUGGCAGAUACAACGAUAGCGCGAGCAGCCGGCACGUCUAUCUGUUGCGGUUGGCCAUGGAAAAGGUCACCGUCCUGCCGUUCGCUUACGCGGCCGACGUUUGGCAAUCAGACACGAGCACGAGGUUUUUCGCACCAAAGCGUAUGAACAAUCUCUGGUGGAGCAAAAGACUCAAAUACGAGGGUGUUGUGUCGCCCAUUUCCAAAGACAUGGACAAAAGUACGAAUCCGAAUUACAAACCUUUUGAUCCGAGUAUGGCGUACGCUGAAGUGAUUGAGCUACCGCAUAUCAAGGACUUUCUGGGACCUAUAAUAGAAUUUCAAGUAUUCAAAGCGUUAUGUACGAUUUGCGGCGAGUACAAAUCUAAACACGCGAAAACCAAACACUUGUACGAAUGCAACCUACGUGGCUAUAAAAAAGUUGGAAAAAUUAUCAAAUCAGUCAUGUCGCGAGGCUCUUCGACAAAAUGGCAAUUUCUAUUUGAGACAAUAGUUGGACACCAACGAAUAGAAAUAGAACCGUUGUUGGAAUAUUUUCAACCUCUUCACAAUCAUCUAGUUAAAAUCAAUAACAAGACCAAUGAGAACAUUGGAUGGACGUAG